AUGGGUAUCGACUUGGACCGUCACCAUGUGCGCAGCACCCACCGCAAGGCGCCUAAAAGCGAGAAUGUCUACCUGCAGGUCCUUGUGAAGCUGUACCGUUUUCUUUCCCGCCGCACGGAAUCCAACUUCAACAAGGUUGUGCUGCGUCGCCUCUUCAUGUCGAGAAUCAACCGCCCUCCCGUGUCUCUCUCGCGCAUCGUUUCCAAUGUCACCGAUUCGCACAAGGGCAAGACCAUCGUUGUGAUUGGCACUGUCACCGACGACAACCGUCUUCUUACUAUCCCCAAGCUCUCGGUUGCGGCUUUGCGUUUCACUGCUACAGCUAGGGCUAGGAUUGAGAAGGCUGGAGGCGAGACAUUGACCUUGGACCAGCUUGCGCUCCGUGCCCCUACUGGAGCGAACACCCUUCUCCUCCGUGGUCCCAAGAACGCCCGUGAGGCUGUCAAGCAUUUCGGCUUCGGCCCCCACAGCCACAAGAAACCUUAUGUCCAAAGCAAGGGCCGGAAAUUCGAAAGAGCUCGUGGACGGAGAAGGUCCCGUGGCUUCAAGGUCUAG